AUGGUAAAGCUAACAAUAGUUGGAAGGGUGAGUGAUGGGUUGCCUCUUGCACAUGGACCUAGGUACGUGAAUGAAGAGAAUGAAGGCUUCUCUUUUUACAAGCAACAAGGAGAGUUCAUACUCAAAGAAAUCUCGAGAGGAGCCUUGCAACAUUCCAAGACGAUCAUCCGUGUCGAUCACCAUUGUUUCUACUACCUGGUCGAGAAUGGAAUCACUUUCAUUACCUUGUCCGAGUCUUCAUAUCCAAGAAAACUAGCCUUCCAUUAUCUUCAAGAUUUGCAAAAGGAGUUUCAGAAGUUCGAUUCUAGUCUCAUAGAGAAAAUCAAAAGACCUUAUAGCUUUGUCCGAUUUGAUACUAUUAUCGGAAACGUUAGAAAGCAAUACAUUGAUACAAGAACACAAGCCAACCUUUCAAAGCUUAAUGCUAACAAUAGCAACCAACAUUUGGAUAUUGUCACAGAAAACCUGACAGAUAUCUUAGCAAGGAGGAGAAAUUCAGGUAAAAUAACAUCGUCAUCAUCAUCGCCGUCGUCAACUCCUCGUGCCUUUUCCUCAAUAUGGGGUUCCCCGCGCCUUGAGGUGAUUGCAGUUAAAUGGACGCCUAUCACGAUCAUACUUGUUGUAACGAUUGUUCUUUUAUGGGCCAGCUUGAUCAUGACAGAGAGCUUUGUGAUUUCAAGUCUUUAAUUGCUGAUUAAAAUUCAGCCUGGCCAAGUAUACUUGAUAAAUGACCAGUAUAUAUUUGUAUAUAUCAUGUGGUUCUUGUAGGUGAUCAUGAGGGUCUUUAGUGUGUCACCCCACAUGAACUAGCUAAUUAACUAGAUAAACAAAAUAUCAGAAUUGUACAGUUUAAAAAGAAAAAAAAGGUAUUGUGCAGAAGAUGAAAAGUUCUUAUCUUCUCACUAACUUAGACCAAAAUUGCCACCUAGAUUACUUCCUAAAUCUAGCAUUGCAAUUAUGUAUGUUAUUAUAUGGU